AUGGCAAGUUCAGCAUGUGAGGAUUGUGGGAGAAAUCAUGCUACAAAGAGCUGCAUAAUGCUCACUUCUUUGGAGGAACAAAAGACGGACAAGGUGUUCCAGCAAAUUGACACGAACUUUCAAAAUCAGCAGGCAUCCAUCAAGAAACUGGAGACACAAAUUGGUCAGAUAGCACAACAACUUGCAAAACGUCCACAAGGGACAUUGCCAGGCAAUACAAUGAUAAAUCCUAAGGAACAGUUGAUGGCAUUUAAAGUAGUGGAGAACGAUCCAUCCAGAGCCCCCAUAAAAGUUAAAGCAUAUAUCACUAUAGAGAGACCCAAAAGAAAAGAUGACCAAGACGUGAUUGAUGAAGCUACAAGGGUAGAAAAAUCUGCACCAAAUGCAACUGAAAAUGGAGAAAGUACAGAAAUAUCAGCUACCAAAGCACCAAGUCUAGACAAAGCUUCCAUGCCUCUCAUUCCCUUUCCUCAAAAUCUCAAGAAGAACAAACAAGACACAAACUAUGAAAAAUUUCUCGAUGUUCUCAAGAAGCUCCAGAUCAAUGUUCCAUUCAUUGAUGCGAUACUACAAAUUUUAAGUUAUACGAAAUUUUUGAAAGAGAUGUUGACAAAGAAAAGAAAGCUUUCGAAGUUUGAAACCGUGGCAUUAACUGAGGAAAGUAAUACAAGAGUCCAGAGAAAAUUGCCUCCUAAAUUGAAGGAUCUAGAGAGUUUUAUUUUACCAAUUUCAAUUGAAAAUUCCUAUUCAAUUAAUGCAUUGUGUGACACUGGUGCUAGUAUCAAUCUAAUGUCAUAUUCUGCUUACAGGAAAUUGGGGCUAGAAAAUCGAGACAUUCCAAUUAUAUUUGGUCGACCAUUCUUAGCAACGGGACGAACCCUUAUUGACAUGGAGAAGGGAGAACUAAUCUUGAGGGUAGAGGACAAGCAGGAGAUAUUUAAUAUUUACAUCAAAUAUGAGAAACCUCCCAAUAAAAAUGAUUGUUGUAGAAUUGAUAAAGAAGAGCGACCUGAUCAACGAAGCUGUUAG